AUUCGAGAGCUUCAAAACUAAUAGUUUUGAACAGUUCUGUAUCAAUUUCACUAAUGAGAAGUUGCAGCAACAUUUCAAUCAGCAUGUUUUCAAAAUGGAACAGGAAGAGUACACAAAAGAAGCAAUAGAUUGGAGCUACAUUGAAUUCGUAGACAACAAAGAUGUUCUUGAUCUUAUAGAAAAGAAGCCUGGUGGAAUUAUUGCUCUCCUCGAUGAAGCUUGUAUGUUUCCAAAAUCAACCCACGAAACAUUUGCAAACAAGCUGUAUCAGACUUUUAAGGCACACAAGAGGUUCAUCAAACCAAAACUCUCUCGAACAGAUUUCACCGUUGCUCACUACGCUGGAGAAGUUCUCUAUCAGUCUGAUCUGUUUCUGGAUAAAAACAAGGAUUAUGUGAUCCCUGAACACCAAGAUUUGUUGGGAGCUUCCAAAUGCCCUUUCGUGGUUGGUCUUUUUCCUCCACUCCCUGAAGAAACAUCUAAAUCUUCAAAGUUUUCAUCCAUUGGUUCUCGUUUCAAGAUGCAACUCCAGCAACUGAUGGAAACGCUAAAUUCUACAGAGCCUCAUUACAUCAGAUGUGUUAAGCCUAACAAUCUCUUAAAGCCUGCCGUAUUUGAAAAUGUGAACAUCAUGCAGCAGCUGCGAUGUGGUGGUGUUCUAGAGGCGAUCAGAAUUAGUUGCGCAGGGUAUCCAACACGUAAACCUUUCUUUGAGUUCGUAAACCGCUUCGGACUUCUAUGUCCUGCGGCUUUAGAAGGGAGCUACGAAGAGAAAGCCGCAUGUAAAAAGAUCUUGGACAGCAUGGGACUUAAAGGAUACCAGAUUGGUAAAACAAAGAUCUUCUUGAGGGCUGGUCAGAUGGCUGAACUCGACACCAGGAGGACAGAGGUUCUUAGUGGCGCUGCCAAAAAGAUUCAGAGACGGACACGAACCCAUCAGGAUCAGAAACGGUUUAUUGUUCUGAGAAAGGCCACAAUAUCUCUACAAGCUCUAUGUAGAGGAAGACUUUCCUGUAAAGUGUACGAAAAUCUGAGGCGAGAAGCUGCUGCUGUGAAGAUUCAGAAGAAUGGUCGGAGAUAUUACUCUAGAAAAUCUUACAAAAAGCUCCAUGUGUCUGCGCUUGUUGUUCAGACUGGUCUAAGAGCAAUGGCUGCUCGUAAAGAAUUCAGAUUCAGGAAGCAAACAAAGGCUGCCACAAUUGUUCAGGCUCAGUGGCGUUGUCACAGAGCAACCACGUACUACAAGAAGCUUAAAAAUGGAGUGAUCGUAUCUCAGACACGUUGGAGAGGUAGACUUGCUAGGAGAGAACUUAGGAAGCUCAAAAUGGCUUCAAGGGAAACAGGAGCACUUAAGGAGGCAAAGGAUAUGCUUGAAAAGAAAGUUGAGGAACUCACAUACCGUGUCCAGUUGGAGAAACGUCUGAGGGGUGAUUUAGAAGAAGCAAAGACUCAGGAGACAGCGAAACUUCAGAGUUCGUUGGAGGAAAUGCGUAAGAAAGUGGAAGAAGCAAACGCAUUGCUUGUGAAGGAACGCGAAGCUGCAAAGAAAGCCGCUGAAGAAGCUCCUCCUGUUAUACAAGAAACACAAGUUUUGGUUGAAGAUACGAAAAAGAUCGAAUUGAUGACAGAGGAGUUGGAGAGCGUAAAGGCUACUCUAGAAAACGAAAAACAGAGAGCUGAUGAUGCAGUGAAGAAGUUCGAAGAAGCUCAAGAGUCUCUCGAAGACAAAAGAAAGAAACUGGAAGAGACUGAGAAGAAAGGUCAGCAACUCCAAGAAUCACUGACAAGGAUGGAGGAAAAGUGCACCAACUUGGAAUCGGAGAAUAAAGUCUUAAGGCAACAGGCUGUGUCCAUGGCACCUAAUAAAUUCCUCUCUGGCCGCUCCAGGUCCAUUUUACAGAGAGGUUCAGAGAGUGGUCAUCUAGCAGUGGAUUCAAGGUCAAGCUUGGAUCUACAUAGCCAUUCAAUAAACCAUAGGGAUCCCUCAGAAGUGGAUGAUAAACCACAGAAAACAUUAAACGAGAAGCAGCAAGAAAACCAUGACCUGCUCAUCCGCUGCAUUGUCCAACCCUUGGGUUUCAAAGGGAACCGACCUAUCACAGCAUGUAUCAUCUAUAAAUGCCUACUUCAGUGGAGGUCAUUUGAAGUUGAACGAACCAGUGUCUUUGAUCGCAUUAUUCAGACAAUAGGCCAUGCUAUUGAGACUCAAGAUAACAACAAUACAUUGGCGUAUUGGUUAUCAAAUGCCUCAACGCUCCUCUUACUCCUCCAACGCACACUCAAAGCUAGUGGUGCAGCAGGGAUGGCUCCACAGCGGCGCCGUUCAUCUUCUGCCACUCUAUUUGGAAGGAUGACUCAGAGCUUCCGUGGAGCACCUCCAGGUGUAAAUCUAGCCAUGAUAAACGGUGCUGCGGGAGGCGGAGCGGAUACGUUAAGACAAGUUGAAGCGAAGUACCCGGCUCUACUGUUUAAGCAGCAGCUCACAGCUUAUGUUGAAAAGAUAUACGGAAUGAUUCGAGACAACUUGAAGAAGGAGAUUUCUCCACUCCUUGGAUUGUGCAUUCAGGCGCCAAGAACAUCGAGGGCGAGUUUAGUGAAAGGAGCAUCUCGUUCAGUGGCCAACACUGCAGGUCAGCAAGCACUGAUCGCUCACUGGCAAGGAAUUGUGAAGAGUCUUACAAACUUCCUCGACACUCUGAAAUCAAACAAUGUUCCUUCUUUCUUGGUGCGCAAGGUGUUCACGCAGAUAUUCUCAUUCAUCAAUGUUCAACUGUUUAACAGUCUUCUAUUGAGACGUGAGUGUUGUUCAUUUAGCAAUGGAGAGUACGUCAAAGCUGGCUUGUCUGAAUUGGAACAUUGGUGUUUUAAGGCAACAGAUGAGUUUGCUGGUUCGUCCUGGGAUGAGCUUAAGCAUAUAAGACAGGCCAUUGGGUUUCUGGUCAUACACCAAAAACCUAAGAAAACUCUGGAUGAGAUCAGUCAUGAUCUUUGCCCGGUGCUGAGCAUACAACAGCUAUACAGGAUCAGUACGAUGUACUGGGACGACAAGUUCGGCACACACAGCGUCUCUCCAGACGUUAUAGCAAAUAUGAGGGUGCUGAUGACAGAAGAUUCGAACAAUGCAGUUAGCAACUCCUUCCUUUUGGAUGACGACUCAAGCAUUCCAUUCUCAGUUGAUGAUUUAUCGAAGUCGAUGGAGAGGUUUGACAUUGCUGAUAUCGAACCUCCACCUUUGAUCCGGGAGAAUUCUGGAUUUAGCUUCUUAUUGCCAGUCUCUGAGUGAUCGAUCCUCGUCUCUCUCUAUUUUACACGCCAACGGAAACCAAAUCUAGGUCUUAGUGUCACCUAAGUAGAUUGCUUGUGAUUCAAGUAAUAAUAACUCUUUAUGACUUUAUUAUGCCUUUUGUGAUUCCCAAGGAGAAUGUGAGAUUAUUUUUUAUUUUAUUUUGUUUAAGAUGAAUAAACGUAAUUUAAUUGAUCAAAAAUGUACCUUUUCCGUAUACAAAAUACUAAUGUUAUAGAUUUUUUUUUGUAAACAACAAA